GAGUCCUCCUCGUUUCGUAAAAAAUGUCCCUCUCCGGCUGCCGUGCUGGACUACAAUUCCGCGCCGGACUACAUUCCCCACGAGUGACGCGCGAGGAGCGCCGCGAAACUCUCUUCAACACACAAACGAUACUAAUAAUCACUAACAACCGAUUUCGGAGGAAGAUGAGGGUGAAGGAGAUACUCAGGACGGCUACACAGGCCUGGAGUCCUGCGCCACAGCACCCCGCGCGCCUGGCCUUAGGGACCGCGGCGCAGCAGCUGGACGCGUCCUUCAACACCAGCAGCGCUCUGGAGAUCUUCGAGAUGGACUUCGCCGAUACAUCCCUGGACAUGAAGCUCAGAGGAACUCUGCCCACUUCCAACAGGUUUCACAGUCUGAUCUGGGUGGCGUUUGAUCCGGAGGGCUCAUCCGGGCGGCUCAUCGGAGGCAGUGAGAGCGGAAGCGUCACCGUCUUCAGCCCCGACGCUAUUCUCGGCGCGGGAGAGGACGCCGUGAUCGGACAGUCCCACAAACACACGGGCCCCGUGCGCGCGCUCGACUACAACCGCUUCCAGAGUAACCUCGUCGCCUCCGGAGCCAGCGAUUCAGAGAUAUACAUCUGGGACUUGAACAACUUCAGUAAUCCCAUGACGCCGGGCACAAAGGCACAGCUCUGUGAGCCGGCGGAGGACGUGAGCGUGGUGGCGUGGAACAGUCAGGUGCAGCACAUACUUGCGUCCGCAAACCCCAGCGGGAAAGCCAUCGUCUGGGAUCUGAGGAAGAACGAGCCCAUCAUCAAAAUCAGUGACCACAGCAACAGGAUGCACUGCUCGGGGAUGUUGUGGCAUCCAGAUGUGGCCACUCAGCUGGUUCUGGCUUCAGAGGACGACAGACUCCCGGUCAUACAGAUGUGGGAUCUUCGGUUUGCAACCUCGCCUCUCAAAGUCCUGGAGAGCCACACCAGAGGGAUUCUGUCCAUCUCGUGGAGUCAAGCGGAUCCGGAGCUCCUGCUGAGCAGCGGCAAAGACAACCGGAUCCUGUGCUGGAACCCAAACACCGGAGAGGUGAUUUACGAGCUGCCGACAGCCAAUCAGUGGUGCUUCGAUGUGCAGUGGUGUCCUCGUAACCCCGCCCUCCUGUCGGCCGCAUCGUUUGACGGACGGAUCAGUGUGUACUCUGUGAUGGGAGGACGUCUUCAGCAGCAGCAGCACAGCACGGUGGACCAGAUCUCGGCCUCGUUUGACAGCAGCGACCCGUUUGGGACCGGUCAGACUCUUCCUCCUCUGCAGGUUCCUCAGCCCUCGGUGGAAACCACCAUCGUCCCUCCGCUAAAGAAGCCGCCCAAGUGGGUGCGGAGGCCCGUCGGCGCGUCCUUCGCUUUCGGAGGGAAGCUGGUGACGUUUGAGAACCCUAGUGUGGCUCCGCAGCAGCAGCCGAUCGCGCGACAGGUGCAGGUGAGUCAGGUGACCACAGAGACGGAGUUCCUCCAGCGUUCGGCCGAGCUGCAGGCCGCUCUACAGUCCGGAUCCUUCACCAGCUUCUGCCACGACAAGAUCAGGAGCGCCCCGUCUGACGCCGAGCAGGACAUAUGGAGGUUCCUCACGGUGAACUUUGAGGAUGAAGCGCGUGUGAAGUUUCUGCGGCUGCUGGGCUUCAGUAAAGACGAGCUGCAGAGGAAGAUCUCGGCGUGUUUGGGGAGGAGCCAUCAUCCGAACGGUUUAGACGUGAAUGAUCUGGCGGAGAAGAUGCAGACGCUGUCUGAUCAGAGAGCAGAGGAGUCGGGCGGAGCUGCAGACGGUCUGUCCGGACGCGAGUCUCCGGCUGAUUUCUUCAGUCAGCUGCCGAAGAAAGAGAAAGACCGAGCGCCCUUCCAGAUCCCCGUGUCCUCAGAUACGGACGCUAUCAGUCAGGCUCUGUUGGUGGGGAACUUCGAGGGCGCCGUGGAUCUGUGUUUGAAUGACGGACGUUACGCCGAGGCUAUCCUCCUGUCAAUCAGCGGAGGGGAGGAGCUACUGAAGAAGACCCAGCAGCACUACCUCCAGCGACAGACCAACAGCGUCUCCAUGCUGAUCUCGUCAGUGGUGACGCAGAACUGGCGUGAUAUCGUCCAGAGCUGUGAGCUGGACAACUGGAAGGAGGCGCUGGCGGCUCUGCUGACCUACGCUAACCCCGAGGAGUUCGCUCCUCUCUGCGAUACUCUGGGCUCUCGUCUGCAGGCUGGAGGCACAGAGAAGCGCUGUCUGCAGGCCUGUCUGUGCUUCAUCUGCUCGGGGAACAUCGAGCGUCUGGUGGAGUGCUGGACGUCACAGAGAGACUGUUCUUCUCCGCUGGCGCUGGAGGAUCUGGUGGAGAAGGUGAUGGUCCUGCGCAAGUCGAUCGAGCGUCUGCGUAACGGUGAGGUUUGUGUUCAGAGCUCAGCGCUGACCGAGAGGCUCGUCCAGUACUCCAGCAUCCUGGCAUCUCAGGGCAGCCUGACCUCAGCGCUCCGCUACCUGCCCGACUGCCCAGACCAGCCUGGUGUUCGGAUGUUAAGAGAGCGACUGUCGCAUGCGAAGGGUGAGAUCCUGCAGAGACCGCAGUCGUCUGUGCCAGCGGGAGGCGCUAAAGCACCGGCAAACACACACACUCCUGCAGCACACACACAGGGGCCUCCUCAGAUGCAGCAGAUGAUGCCCCGUCUCUUCACUCCUCAGCCACGGCCCGAUCUUGCUGCUCCUGCUGGAGCUCCACGGCCGAGCCCGAGACCCUGUGUCUACCCACAACACCCUGCCACAGCUCCGGGUUUUCCUCCGUCUCAGCCGUUUGCUCAGUCUGGUUCUCUCGGAGCUCCGGUGGGUUUCAUGUCCGGCCCCUCGAUGUCAGGGCCCUCAGUGCCGCCCUCCUCUCCCCCGGGCCCCAUGAUGCCCGCUCCGCCCGCCCCAGGGUUCCUCUCGCCCACGUCUCUGCCGGGUGGCCCGGUGCCCUUGUUUCCAGUGGCUGCUCCCGGCGGGGCCUAUCUUCCUCUCGGAGCCGGGUAUCCUCAGGGUGGCCCCGGAGCCCCAGGGGCCAAGAGCUUCAGCGGCGCCGGUGUCCCGCCUCCACCGACAGGAUAUUUCCCAUGGCUGGUGUGCCACACAGAAGAGGAAGUUCAGGACGGGUGGAAUGACCCUCCAGCUGUACGCGCCGGACAACGCAAGAAAAAGCUGCCAGAGAACUACACUCCCCCUGCUCCGAUCACAGCACCGGUGAUGGGUUUCCCGGCGGAGGCUCCUGUUCCUCAGGAUCGGAUCCAGGUGCCGCCCGGAGCCCCUCAGGAGCCCAGCAAGCAGUCCUUACAGCAGCUUCCUGCCGAGCACGUGGGGCAGAAGGAAAUCCCCGCCGAACACAUGAUCCUCAAGACCACCUUCAGCAGCCUGGUGCAGCGCUGUCAGCUGGCCGCCGCCGACCCGCAAACGAAGCGCAAACUGGAUGAUGCCUCCAAGCGUCUGGAGAGUCUGUACGACAAACUGCGAGACCAAGCGCUCUCUCCCAGCAUCCUCGGCGGGCUGCACGAGAUCAGCCGCUGCGUCAGCGCCCGCAACUAUCAGCAGGGUCUGGAGGUUCACACGCAGGUGGUGAGCAGCAGCAACUUCAGCGAGAUCUCUGCCUUCAUGCCUGUCCUCAAAGUGCUCAUGACCAUCGCCAACAAGCUGGCCGUGUGACUCCAGCGCUCAGCAGCAGAUCCGGUUUCCGCUUGUGUUUUGAUUUUUCGCUGAACUGUGCUUUAAGAAUGAAUGCACCGUUAAUAUCCCACUGCUUUCUUCAUCUCAUGUGUUUGGGAUUCUCCUUCCAUGCAGCCGGCCUUAUUCAUCCCACAACAAGCAGAACGACUUUCUGUGCAGAACUGUUCAUAAAACCAUUAUUGUUUAAAUUGCAAUGAAUUAAAUGCAAUGGAUUGUCUAAACAAGGCCUUAAAACAAGCAGAACUAAUUUGUAUAAAUUAUAGCAUUCAGUUCAAAGUAAGAUCGGGCCUUUUUGUGCGAAACACAAGCAGAAUGAUUUUCUGUGCAUUAAAAAAAAAAAAUUCAUAAAAUGUGUUAUACUGAAUGCAACUGUUCGUCCAAGAAAAAAAAAAACAUUUGUUAAAUAAUUAUUGCAUAAAUUGCUGCAUUUAACUCAGUGUGAGAAUCUACACAAGCAGAAUUACUUUCAAUGCAUAAUCGUUCAUCAAGGAAUUAAUGCAUAAAUGGUUGAAUUAAAUGCAACAGUUUACUGCAUUCAGUUCAAUGUAAGAAUGCAAUGCAUAAUUGGUUGCAAAGUUAUUUCAAAAACUGCAUUGCAUUGAAUGCAACGGAUUGCGUCAAAAGGCCUUAAAACAAGAAUUAGUGCAAAUCAUUUUAAAAACAAAUCUUAUGUAAAUUGUUGACUUCAACUCAAUGUGAGAAUCUACAUGAGCAGAACGACUUUCUGUGCAUUAAAAAAAAAUUGAAUGCUAUAUUUUGCCUAAAAAUGGCUCUUAAAACAAGCAGAACCAGAAUUAUUUUCCACAUAGAUUCAUUCUGAAUGCAUUUCAUGAAUGAGGUCCAUUGUUUUUUUGUUUUUUUAUAUAUAUAUUACAAGAGCAGAAAUUUUGACACCGUCUGUAGUUUAUUCAUCGUGGUGAUUGUUAGUGGACGAGGUUCAUUACUGACUGGCUGUUGAAUUCCGUGUUUUUGAUUGGAUUUGGUUGUUUUCUAUUGCACUCGCUCACAGAGAGGCUGAUGCUCCUCCAAACACUCCUGCAGAAAAACCAGAGCUUCACUAGAUGUUCUUCAAACCAUUGCAGCAAAGAUGAACGGCACUGUGUGUGAAGGAGUCUCUGUCACGAAAAUCUAUCAAGAAGGUGUCCAGGUGUUAUCCCAUCCCAAAACCAAUGAAUAAAAUCAAGCAUAAAAGAAAAUUACAUCAACAUGAAUGGUCCUAAAAAUAUUCUUAUUUAUUUAAAACGUAAUUUCGCUUGAUUGUUAAGGUGAAAUAUGACCUGGACAUGUCUUGAGAGAUUCUUCUGUCUUCAGUACUUCAACAGAGCAAAGAAACUGAAUGUAACGGAACAGUUCACCUGAUAAAAUAGUUCCAUCUUUUAUACAUGUUUAUGUUCUGGUAAUACACACGUCCUCAUCGCGGUGUGCAUCAUGAAACCAGUUCAUUCUGAAGGUUGUGAGUAAAUCUUACAUGCUUGAAAACACUUGAAGUAAAAUAUACACAACUUUCAUAAA